AUGAAACACCAAAACCAAGUCAAACAAAUCCAUUCUCUCCUAAUAACCAAAGGCCACCUUCUCUAUAACCCAAACAUUAGCCCAUCAAAAAACUCAAAAUGGAAAAGUACCCUCUUUUACAACACUCUAAUAAGAGCCUACCUCAAUUUUGGGAAAAACCAAAAAACUCUUCGUCUCUUCGAUCUUAUGCUUGCCCACCAAACCCCACCAAACAGCCACACCUUCCCUUCCCUGAUCAAAGCAGCUAGUCUUUCUUGCCUCUCUAUUGGCACUUCCCUUCAAACCCAAGUUAUCAAACGUGGGGUUUUUUAUGACCCCUUUAUACAAACGUCGUUGUUAGCUAUGUACUCACAAUUUGGUGACUUGCUUAAGGCCUGCAAGGUGUUUGAUGAAAUUUCGCGCCCAUGUAUUGUUGAAUACAAUGCAAUGCUUGAUGCUUAUGCGAAGAAUGGUGACAUGGGUUCUGCUUGUUUUCUCUUUAAAAGCAUGCCUAAAAGAGAUGUAGUCUCGUGGACUAGUGUUAUUAAUGGGUUUGCAAAGAAUGGACUUUUUGGGGAGGCUAUUAGGCUAUUUAGGGAGAUGAUGUUACAUGAUGAUGUGGAGUGUUGUUUUGUUAAACCUAAUGAAGCAACAUAUGUUAGUGUGUUAUCUUCAUGUGCUAAUUUAGGUGAAAGAGGGGUCCUUUGUAUAGGGAAGCAAAUACAUGGGUAUAUAGUAAGGAAUGACGUCUUUUUGACUGUUUUUAUUGGGACAGCAUUGGUAGAUUUUUAUGGCAAAUUGGGUUGUUUGAGUAAUGCCAUCAAAGUUUAUAACCAAAUGGUGGUUAAAAAGGUUUGUACUUGGAAUGCGAUGAUUUCUUCACUUGCUAAUAAUGGUAGAGAAAAACAAGCUCUAGACAUGUUUAAAAAGAUGAAAGAGGAAGGUUUGUGUCCAAAUGAGGUCACUUUUGUUGCUGUACUCACUGCUUGUGCUCGUGCCAAGCUUGUAGAGAUUGGACUUGAGUUGUUUCAAUCGAUGACAGUUGAGUUUGGCCUGGUGCCAAUAAUGGAGCAUUAUGGGUGCGUUGUUGAUCUUUUGGGCAGGGCAGGAUUACUGAAGGAAGCCAGUGAAUUUACAAGGAGGAUGCCUUUUGAGCCAGAUGCUUCGGUUUUGGGUGCACUUUUAGGUGCUUGUAAGAUUCAUGGAGCUAUUGAUUUGGGAAAUGAAGUGGGAAGCAGGUUACUUGAAUUGCAGCCACAACAUUGCAGUCAAUAUGUGGUGUUAUCUAGCAUUAAUGCUGGGGUUAAUAGAUGGGGUGUUGCUGCUGAUAUGAGGAAAACAAUGUUGGAGGCUGGAAUCAGGAAAGUUCCUGCCUGUAGUUUGAUUGAUUCCAUCUUUCUCAACAUGUGCAUGGCGAGCAAAUCCUACGUAGAAGAAGACAUAAUCAUAGAAAUUCUAUUAAGAUUGCAGCCCAAAUCCUUGCUUCGCUUUCAGACAGUGUGCAAACAUUGGUUGGCUCUCAUAACAAGCUCCGACUUUAUUGCUGCCCACUGCAAACAACAACCAAAGCUCUCUGUCGUCUUCACAUCCUGGUUGGAUCAGUGCAAGAUACCUAAGCCAGAAAACUCAUGUUCCCUGCGGCGAUUGACAGAAUUUGGCAUCUUACUACUGCCAGAUGGGAAGAGCAGACCUGAUUAUCUAAAUAUCCCGUCGUCCAUCACCAAGGACACAAAUUCAGCCUCUCUUGUGGGUUCUAGUAAUGGUUUGCUUUGUGUUAAUAUGGUCGGCGACAGAUGGAAUAAGAACCUUGAUUGCUGUGUUUUAUGGAAUCCAGCAACAACACAACAUAGGUGCCUGCCCCCUCCCCUAUUAAAGAGUAGUAACGAUUUUAGGGAGUUUGGGUUUGGUUUCCUUCCUAAAAUAGGCGACUACAAAUUGCUGCGAGUUAUAAACUUUCCUGAUGAGGAAAUCAGAGCCGAGGUUUUCACAUCGAGUACAGGUUCUUGGAGAGAAGUUAAGGCCACUGCUGAGCUUGGAUGCGAUAUCAGAAUUUACCAUAAACCUGUGAUUGUGAAAGGAGUAUGGUAUUGUAUGGCUGCUCGAGUAACGAAGGAUCCGGGCUUACGAUUUGUGCACUUUAUUCUAAAGUUUGAUAUGGCCAACGAUUCUUUCUCAAUAAUGGAUGAUGGAGUGCCAGAUAUCAGGCACUUUAUGGUUAAACUUAUGUUGUACAAAGGAUUACUUGCAUUGUGCUUUCCUAGACGUGAUAGGUUAAAUAAAUGGUUUGAGGAUGAUGAUACCAUGACCGACCCUCCAGGCUUCAAGCUUCAAGGAAGGUUCUGGCACCAGAAACAAUAUUAUUGGCCAGUACUGGUUGGCAUGUCGUGA